AGGGGCCCUUUCCCCCCGCUGGUGCCCUUGGGCUGCCUUGCCGUAAAGGUGACACCGAUCCUUCUCCGGAGGCAAAGGGCCAGCGUUUCUGGUUUAUUUACUGCUCCUGCAACGAGACUAGGCAGUGGCAACUGGAGUUACUCAGCUGUGAAAAGCAGUUUCGUGUUUUAAAGCCUGUGCCCAUUAACACCAGUGUGCAUGGAAGCUGAACGGGAUGGGGAAGCCAGUUAUUUCUAGUUCCACCGCUGCGUUUAGGAGAAGGCCGGGAGAGAGAUGAAGUGGCUGCUAGGAAGAGAGAGAAGUGGCUGCUAGGAAUAUAUAGCUGCCACACCGUGCCACCGUGACGAUAAAUGUCUUCAGGGCCGUAAGGAGGAGAAUGAGAGUAGACGCCGGACAUACUUCAUGGCCAAUCUGCAGCUCUCCCUUCUGGGGUGCAUUUAAACAGGGCGUGACGGUGGUGCCGAGCGAUUUCAAAGACAGCUGUAGAGAUGGCAGAUGUGCGGAGGCUCGAGAAGCAGAACUUGGUGAUUAAGUUAACGGGACUCCCCGCGAACCCACGGAUCUCGGCCGCGCGCUGCCCGUUCGCUCUGUCUUCUUCUGAAGUAAAGCAAGAGCUGGUUUGUUGACUUUCUGUCGUCGGGCAGGAACCGAGCCGCCAGAUUCUAGUUAUUUCCAGCCACCAAACAGCUCCCCGAGGCAUCGGCAGUGCUCCUAAAAUGCAUCCACACGUACAGAUAAGCAUGAGUAGUUGAAAAACAGAUACCAGCACCUGCCCACGCCCCUCGCUGCAACGAAAGAGCCUUUGGGUGAGCUCCGGCACAGCGCGAGAGCAGAAACACGAGCAGCUGAGUUACCUAAUGGUUGAAUCUGGCGACCAGGCGCCAGGACUCCUGGGCCCCAUUCCUACACCUCUCCUUUUCUUCCUGCCUGAUCUUUGCCAAAUCAAUUCUUUAUGCCUCCGUUUCACCGACCGUGUAUCUGCCCAUCUGUUGAGGACAGUGCGAGGGCUACGGGGAGAGAUUCAGCUUGGAGAUCGCAUCUGUGCGUGUUUUCAGGACGCCUGCGCUGUCGUAUUUUCAGAUCCCAUCUAAUGCCGAGACUGAAAGAAUCGCGCUCCCACGAGUCUCUGCUCAGUCCCAGUAGUGCUGUCGAGGCUCUGGAUCUCAGCAUGGAGGAGGAGGUGGUCAUCAAACCAGUCCACAGUAGCAUUUUGGGACAGGACUAUUGCUUUGAGGUGACGACUUCAUCAGGAAGCAAGUGCUUCUCCUGUCGUUCUGCCGCAGAGCGAGAUAAAUGGAUGGAGAACCUGCGGCGUGCUGUGCACCCCAAUAAGGACAACAGCAGAAGGGUAGAGAAUAUGUUAAAGUUAUGGAUUAUUGAAGCCAAGGACCUGCCAGCCAAGAAAAAGUACUUGUGUGAAUUAUGCCUGGAUGACGUUCUUUACGCACGAACUACCUGUAAAUUGAAAACUGACAAUGUCUUUUGGGGGGAGCACUUUGAAUUUAAUAACCUCCCAUCGCUCAAGAACAUUACCGUGCACUUGUACAAAGAGACCGACAAGAAGAAGAAGAAAGACAAGACCAACUUCAUCGGGCAGGUGAACAUCCCCGUGGGCUCUGUCACGGGCCGGCAGUUUGUGGAGAAAUGGUACCCCGUGGUCAGCCCCAACCCCAGCAAAGGCAAGUCUGCAGGGCCCAUGAUCCGCAUCAAGUCCCGUUACCAGACCAUGAGCAUCCUCCCCAUGGAGAUGUACAAGGAGUUCGCCGAGUACAUCACCAACAACUACAUGGUGCUGUGCUCUGUGCUGGAGCCUGCGCUGAGCGUGAAGAACAAAGAGGAGAUGGCUUCGGCCUUGGUUCACAUCCUGCAGAGCACCGGGAAGGCCAAGGAUUUCUUGACCGACCUCAUGAUGUCUGAGGUGGACCGCUGCGGAGAGAACGAGCACCUCAUCUUCCGGGAGAACACGCUGGCCACCAAAGCCAUCGAGGAGUACCUGAAGCUCGUGGGGCAAAAAUACUUGCAGGAUGCCUUAGGGGAGUUUAUCAAAGCGCUGUACGAGUCCGAUGAAAACUGCGAGGUGGACCCCAGCAAGUGCUCGUCCUCGGACCUUCCCGAACAUCAGAGCAACCUGAAAAUGUGCUGCGAGCUGGCCUUCUGCAAAAUCAUCAACUCCUACUGCGUCUUCCCCAGGGAGCUCAAAGAGGUCUUUGCUUCGUGGAGACAAGAGUGCAGCAACCGCGGCCGCCCGGAUAUCAGUGAGCGCCUCAUCAGUGCCUCCUUGUUCCUCCGGUUCCUCUGUCCAGCCAUCAUGUCCCCUUCCCUCUUCAAUCUCCUCCAGGAGUACCCCGACGACCGCACUGCACGCACUUUGACCCUCAUUGCCAAGGUCACGCAGAACCUUGCCAACUUUGCAAAAUUUGGCAGCAAAGAGGAAUAUAUGUCCUUUAUGAACCAGUUUCUGGAGCACGAAUGGACGAAUAUGCAGCGAUUCCUCCUGGAAAUUUCCAAUCCCGAGACCAUCUCCAAUACAGCUGGCUUUGAAGGCUACAUCGACCUUGGCCGAGAACUGUCCACGUUGCACUCUCUGCUCUGGGAGGUCAUUUCUCAGCUUGAACAGGCGAUGGCAACGAAACUGGGGCCUCUGCCUCGGAUCCUGAGGGACGUCAACACGGCGCUCAAUAACCCGGCGUGCGUGCAGGUCUCGGUCACGGCCGACCACACCGCGUCCACGCCCAGCGCUGGCAACAGCAUCUCUGCGGGGCUGCAGAAAAUGGUGAUAGAGAAUGACUUAUCUGGUCUGAUAGAUUUCACCCGGUUACCGUCUCCCACCCCUGAAAACAAGGACUUGUUUUUUGUCACAAGGUCUGCUGGGGCCCAGCCCUCCCCUGCCCGCAGCUCCAGCUAUUCGGAGGCCAAUGAGCCUGACGUGCAGAUGUCCAAUGGCAGCAAGAGUUUGUCCAUGGUGGACUUGCAGGACAAUCGCGUCUUGGACGGCGGGGCCAACGCGCCCGGGACUGCUGACUCUCUCAAUGACAGUCAGUCGUCCAUCGGGCAGUUACAGGGCGUAUGGACCACACGAACUCAGCAGAACAAUGUGGCGGGCAUGGCCACGGUGCGCCGGGUCGGCCAGACCCCCACCACCCCCAAUGCCGAGAGCGCUCCUGGCCGGCCCCAACUCCUGGCACCGCUGUCCUUCCAAAACCCGGUGUACCAGAUGGCUGCCGGGCUGCCGCUCUCGCCCCGCGGCCUGGCGGACUCGGGCUCGGAGUGCCACAGCUCGCUCAGCUCCCACAGCAACAGCGAGGAGCUGACGGCCAACAAGCACGGCUUCGUCGCGCCUGCGGCAGCCGAGGACUUUGCCCGGCGGACGGGGGAGCUGGCCCGCCGGCAGCUCUCGCUGACGGAGAAGGGCGGGCAGCCCACCAUGCCCCGGCAGAACAGCGCCGGGCCACAGAGACGGAUAGACCAGCCGCCUCCGCCCCCGCCGCCCGUCACCAGGGGCAGGACGCCGCCCUCGCUGCUCAACACGGUCCAGUACCAGCGCCCGUCCAGUGGGAGCAUGAUGUCCUCCUCGCCCGACUGGCCGGGUAGCGGGGCCCGCCUGCGGCAGCAGUCCUCCUCCUCCAAGGGCGACAGCCCCGAGAUGAAGCAGCGCACCAUGCACAAGCAGGCCCCUUCUCCUGUGAACCCCAAUGCCCUGGACCGCACUGCUGCUUGGCUUUUGAAUAUGCAGUUUGUAGAAGAUGAGAGCAUUGACCCAGAUUCCAAGCACAGGGAUAAGCACGAGCUCAGCCAAGCAGAAAAGUACCAGCAGGACCUGGUAGUGCUGCAGGACAAGCUCCGCAUCUCCAACAAGAAGCUGGAGGAGUAUGAGAGCCGCUUCAAGUGCCAGGAGGAGACGACGCAGAAGCUGGUGCUGGAGUACCAGGCCCGGCUGGAGGAGAGUGAGGAGCGGCUCCGCCGGCAGCAGGAGGAUAAAGAGAUCCAGAUGAAGGGGAUCAUCAGCAGAUUGAUGUCGGUGGAGGAGGAACUAAAGAAAGAUCAUGCAGAAAUGCAGGCAGCCGUGGACUCCAAGCAGAAGAUUAUCGAUGCACAGGAGAAACGCAUUGCUUCACUGGAUGCGGCCAACGCACGGUUAAUGAGUGCCCUUACUCAGCUGAAAGAGAGGUACAGCAUGCAGACACGUAACGGGAUCUCCCCCACAAACCCAACUAAAUUGCAGAUUACAGAGAACGGAGAAUUCAGAAACAGCAGCAAUUGCUGACCGCGGCGGGCGCUGCUGCAGGAGAGGAGGCCUGGCCGGAGAGACCGCGCAGCAGCGGGCGCGAGCUGCCGCGCGUCUGGGAACCGCUGCUCGCCCCCCCUCCAAGACACCAGCUCCUUGCUGCGGACGGCGCACUUGACUGAUCCUCUGCGGGAGUCGCAACGCCGGCGCACCGAGGGGACGGCGAGACCGAGCUGUGUGAAAUGUGUGGCAUAAGGAAAUCCCCGUAUAUUUGCGAAUUGCUGUCACUGUUGGAUUUAAGUCAGUGUUUAAUGUUUAAGCAAAGUAACCUUUUCCUUCUCAAACUGCCCAAAGGACACGCCUCACAGUUCUUCCCGGCAAGUAAUAAAGGCCUGGUCAUUCCAGUAAGCGAAAUAAAAGGGCCCGGGGCCAAGCCUGCGCCAGGCACCUGGCCCCAAUCAGGCUAGUUAAAGUGUGUUAAAUAGGUAGGUUGCUGGUGGGAAAGCUAGCGGCUGGUUGGGAAAAGUGCUGAGCCCCUCUCCCGCCCAUUAGUGCGCAGCAGGUGGCAAAACCUCCGCCCACGAGAGCUAGCGUUUGCAGAGAGCCCGAACGUCUCUGGAGGGCCGGGGAGCUGCCUACCUGGCGAGGCAGAGGGCAGGAGAGCAGGAGAGAGCACUUCGAGGUGCCCAACAACGUGACGAGGUGGCGCAGAGUCCUUUCCAGGCUUUCCCUCUGCAGGCCCGCGUGCUCCCAGGCUCAGCCCACGCGUAUCACACCUAGGGGGGCUGCCUGGCAGCUGGACCGCGGGUCCUUCCCGUUGCCGUCUCCUUUGACCACCCAUUACAAGCCAAGCGAAGGCAGGGCGGCCCGGCCUGCAGGUGCGGGGCAGUGGGGGCUCCUGGGGAGGGGGCUCGCUAGGUGCAGCUUCUCCUCUCCCUUUCCUUUAAAACCACCUGCAUGAAGCAUGGAGGGCAAUGGCCUGCACUGCAAGGGAGCAGCAUCUUGCUAGGCUUCCUGCGAGGGGGCAGAGCAAACCCCUCCCCGGCUCACCUCCCCAAGGUCCUGAGCUGCAGGGCUGCAAGCAAAGGGCCACCUGCAAACCGCUCAAGCAAAGAGCCCCCGUAGGACUCAGGGGAAGCAGGAACCCGUUUGCAUAGGAUGUGGCUGCUGGUUUGGAAGAGGAAAGGGUUAUUUGUGGGGAUGUCUGUUCUGUGCAAAGAUUUGUGCUAAUAAUUCAGGAGAAAAAAAAAACAACAAACAAACAGAAAACAAGGACCCUGAAGAACCAUAAAGAUUGGUAAUUGUAUUUCUUUUCUUUCACAGUAUGCAUUAGAAAAAAAAUCAGCCCA